AUUAAAUAAUCAGUCCCCCCUCCACACCUAAGCUGCUGCCACGUAAGGCUUCCCUCCCUCCCGAGUCGUAAGUCUGUUAUCAGUAGAUAGUAGAGGUGUUAGUACCGACGGCCUUAUCGUUACUACUACUGAUAAGCUGGAAUAAGACGGAGCUGGGUACUUCCUCUGUCCUCGCGCGCGCGCACACAUUUCACACACACUCAUUCAGUCGUCUUGUACACCACCACCACCCAGAAGACGAUCUACCCUCCUCCUCCCCCACCCCCACACUCCCACAGUUAACGUUUACGAGUGUAUACUGUUAUAGAAGAAGGUAGGAGGAAGUGAGUCAAUACCUCCUGCUCCUUCACUGGAUAAUUGUGGAGACCUUAGCAAGACACAUCGUCAACCUGGGAGAUUGAGGCCGACGGUAACUGUGUUGACCCGGGAAGCCAAGCCUCAGGGGUGUGUGUGUGUGUGGGACCUCUGACCCGGUCCUGUACCACGGUGUAACUUAACGAGCUACCUGUCUGUCUGCCUACCUGUCUGUCUACCUACCUGCCUGCCUGGUGGCCCCCGGUGAGAGCCAGUCACCAGCAUGGCCAGAUGAUGACACACAAUACCGUCCUUAGUAUUUCAACCCCAUGUGAUGACACCACUAUGAAGAGUUGACCUCGUGUCUCCCCCAUCCCCCACCCCUGUUCCCUCCAGCACCCGCGCCACCACACUGGUCAAGGUGUGGAUCUCGUAGGCGUGGGCAGCGUGUGGGCGUGUAGUGGCUUUGAGACCCGGUGAGGGGCGUGGUGUCCGGUGUUUGUACUGUGUUAGGUAAGCGCUGGGUCGCGUCAUGGACCUCAAGAUGCUGCACAAGAGCUCCACCUUCAGUUCCUUCACCUCCGGCACGGCCAAGAUCGGCUCUUGGUUCAGUCACAUCGGCGACCGACGGCGGAAGACCUCGGCUAAUUCCGUCCUCAAGACCUCCAAGUCCCUCCAGCUAGGUGUGGUGCAUGAGGUUCCCAGGAUUGGCAGUGAUGGAGAGAGUGAGGAGGCGUCAGGGGCCAGCGAUGAAGUCACCUCACCCGUCAACGUUAAACUCAGGCAGAAUAAAAAUCGACGCAUUACACAAGAGGAUGUCAACAAACGGUUAUCGUUGCCAGCGGAUUUGCGGGUGCCAGAUGCGUUUCUUCAGAAGCAGUCCAUUAGCCCAGAUGGUCCUCUCAGCCGAGCUUCUCGUAGACAAUCCCUAUCAGAAAUUGGUUUUGGGAGAAUGGAAACAUAUACCAAACUUGAUAAGUUAGGAGAGGGAACAUAUGCAACAGUGUACAAAGGACGAUCACGACUAACUGACAAUCUAGUGGCGCUGAAGGAGAUUCGGUUGGAACAUGAAGAGGGUGCACCAUGUACAGCCAUCAGGGAGGUGUCUCUGCUCAAGGAACUCAAACAUGCAAAUAUUGUCACAUUACAUGAUAUUGUUCAUACAGACAAGAGUUUAACUCUUGUAUUUGAGUAUUUAGACCGUGAUCUUAAACAAUACAUGGAUGAAUGUGGAGCACAACUAUCAAUGAAUAAUGUUAAGAUCUUCCUGUUUCAACUGCUACGUGGGUUAGCUUAUUGUCAUCAGCGACGGGUCUUGCAUCGUGAUUUAAAACCUCAGAACCUUCUUAUCAAUGACCUCGGAGAACUAAAGCUUGCAGAUUUUGGCUUGGCUCGGGCCAAGUCUGUACCAACCAAGACAUACAGUAAUGAGGUUGUUACGUUAUGGUACCGACCUCCGGAUGUCCUCCUAGGGUCAACAGAGUACUCCACACAAAUUGAUAUGUGGGGAGUUGGUUGUAUAAUGUACGAGAUGAUCAGUGGACGACCACUUUUCCCCGGUGCCACGGUUGAAGAUGAACUUCACUUAAUUUUCCGUACUUUUGGCACGCCCACAGAAGCAAAUUGGGCUGGUAUUGGCAAUAAUGAAGAAUUUGGCCAGUAUUCCUUUCCUGCUCACACAGGAGAGCCACUACUGGCCAGGGCACCUAGGCUGGCUCAUGAUUCUGCAUUAGGGCUUCUAACAAAGUUCCUUUUGUAUGAAGCCAAGAAAAGGAUCUCGGCAGCAACAGCAAUGAAACACCCAUUCUUUGAGUCUUUAGGACAUACUAUACACACCCUCAAAGAUCAGGACUCUAUCUUCUCAUGCCCGGGAUUGAUGCUUACACGUGAUCACAACUACAAAGUGACUAAUGGCGGCCAAGCUAAAACACGACGCCAAAGUAUGCACUUCUGAACCCUACCUAAAAUACCUUCUCAUACAUUCUGGCUCAAGGACCAAUUGAAUGAAUUCAAAGAAUGAUUUUGCUCCCAAUUGGGGAAAAACAUUUACAUUUAAUCAAACUAAACUGACGUUAUUAAAUGUGAGACAAUUUGAUAUGGAAAAACAAUAGGAAGUUUGAUUUAAACUUUCCUGAAGAAACACUUAUGAGCUUCAUGAUAACUCCAAUUCAUGGAUUCCUCAUUACCAGGAAUAUCUCUGAAAAUGUGAAACACUGCUGUAUGCUGUUACUCGUAUUGAUCAGAAACUCGUCCAUUGAUAUUACCAUCAAGGGAUUGAAGCUUUGAUCAGACAAAGAGCUCUUUAUCCAAUUUAGUAAAGUGGUUUUGUGGGAGGAAGUUCUAGGUGUUCACUACUGUAUCAGUAGACUGUACUUUGCCAGUUUAGCAGGUUUCUAGAACCUUUAGUUCCAACAUUGUAGUAUUUCAAUUAUAUAUAGAAAUUUAACUUCAGAAAUCUUUUCAGUUUAUAUAUGGUUACUAGCCCCAUAAUACAAAAUUCAGAGUAGAACAAUUCAUAACUGGAUGGCUUUCAAGUAAUCACCUCAUCAUAAACUUGGUCAUGAAUUGUCGGUAGUUAUCUGCUGGUCAGAUUUUAAGACUACCAACUUCCAUGUGCGUGAUCACGUCUUCACUUACUGGAUGAAGAGGAUAUACAGUGUACAACAUGAUCAGGAUCCUAAUAUGUUGGAUUUCUGUCAUACAGUAUAUAUUUGCAAUGACGCAUGUGGAAUAACUCUGUGAUGAUUCGCUCAAUGUUCUAUAAAAAUUUAACUUACUGAUUACUCAUUCUUUUUCUUAGAAAAAAACCAAUAGUAAAUACUGUAAAAGUGGACAAUAACAUAUCAUUUAGAAAAGAAAAAAAGGGUUUUGAUUAUUGUGGAAUGUGAAGACUGGCAAAUGACUAAAGGGCAAUAAAGAAGUUCUUCAAGCUACAGCACUGAGUAUUCCACAGGGACAUGGAUCUCUUUAACAAUGAGCAGGAAAAUCUGUGAUUGGGUAAAAAUAGCAAAUUAUGCCCCAUUACUCUCAAGCUUCCCAACUUCAUUUUAACUACUGUAUGUGCAAUGUAUAGUACUUCAUUUUCAUAAUGUUGGAUACUUAGGCAAGUUUCAUGCAAGUGUCUCUCAUUCUUCAUUUUAUAUGGUUGCCAUAUAGGCUUUUCCUAAUUAGUUAAUAAUAUGUUGAAGAUUAUGUGAUAUAUGACUUAAUACUUUUUUGUUUUCUGUUUUGACACCUUGACAUUUAUUUUGAUAUAUCCCUUGUCCUUUGUCAAAUGAUUUCAUCCCAAGAAAUUCCAAUUCAGUAGGUUAUCUUGUACCUGAAGAAAUCUCAAUCUAUGUACCAGUGCGUUGGUACAAUCUAACCACUUCCUGGUUGUCAUCAGCUGCACACCUCAUUUGCAAUAACUCAUGGGUUGUUACCUUAUACAAUUGAGGUAAGAGUUGAGGGUGUAAAGUAAGAACACUUUGAGUACUUCCAUGCUCAAUUAUAGGUCUUUAGUAAUUGCUAGUCCCAGAUUGAGCAUACGAGAAGGUUUUCAGGCUUAGUUUACAAUUGCGUACUGUGUCAUGCUGGAGUAUAUCUAACGAAAACUCGGUUAUAUAAAUAAAAGGAUCAAGAAUGGAUUGAGGAGUCUGUCGUGGUGGAUGACUAACUAGACCAUAAGCAUUCCAAACAGUAAAAUGAAUUCCUACAUACAAUAUAAGCAUUUAAUUUACCUAUUUCCAUGCUCUUUAAGGAUGAUUGUGAAUAUUAUGUUUUGUGGUUUUAGGGAGUGCUGUAUAGAUCUCCUUUUGUAAAUUUUAACAUUUUCAUUGUCUACAAAUGAAUGUCAAAAUUAAGAUUUCAUGUUAAAUUUGGGUUGACUCUACCCUGAAUCCAUUGUAUGAUAUGAGGUCAGAUAAUGACAGUUUACAACUGUGAUAAAAAAAAUUAUAUUUACAUACAACUUUGGCUGUCCAAGGAACAACUUUACAGAACAUUGUAUAAUCUCAAAUAUCAGAUUUAUGUAAGUAUUGAUACCCUAUAAAUCUUAAUGAUAACUGAUGUAUCAGAGUCUUUGACUUUAUCACCAUAAAGUAGACCCAAGAGAAUUCAGUCCAAACCCUGAAAUUUCAGCUUAUCUAAAUAAAAUCAGUAUAGUAUUUUUAACUCGCUGAAACCAUAAAAAAAACUUGACACAACAAUCAGGACUAUAGGCGUCAAUACAUUUACUUGUAUGGCUUGUAACUGAUGAUCAUCAAACAAUCUCUGUCUCUCUUCUUUCUUCUCUCUGCUUAUAUUUGAGCCAACUGUGGAUUGGUCCAACAACUCACAAUAUUUCAAAUAUUAUUAAACACAUACUUCAUAAAACAAAGAAAACACCUCCAUAUUAGUUUGCCAUGUACUGUAUGUUUAGAAACGAACCGAUUCUAUUUUUGAACAGGUGUCGACUAUGACUAUAAUGUAUAUUUUCAACUAUUUCUAUCAUAGGUUGAAGAACAGCAUGACAUUGUGUCAAUGAUGUGUCCAAAAUGAAUAAAGAAAACUUAAAAUGAA